UAAAAUAUGACUUUAAUAAACUAUUCGACAGAAACUUAGAAUUCGGUUAUUACAAAAUUAGAUAAUUUAUCUUGAUUCAUUCAAUCAAUCACGUGAUAAAAAAAGGUCACCAGACCAGGAAGAGUAUAAAUAAACGCCUACCCGGAGUCGCCAUUAUAGAAGUUUAAGAAUUCACGCAAGUUCAUUGCCUGACCAUGGACGAGCGUUGGGCCCAGGAUGUCUUACGGUGUCGUCUCUGUGAGACCCCGGGCCCCCCUUUGUAUUGUGACAUUUGUCACAUACAUCUGUGUAAAGCCUGUGUGGGGGAACAUCUCUCCGAUCAAUCCACAGAACAUAAAGUGCUGCCAUUUGAACAGCGGGGAUCUACUCCAAAUUACCCUAAGUGUCCUAAACAUUCCACAAAACAAUGUGAACUUCACUGUGAACAAUGUUACAUUCCUAUUUGUUCACUCUGUAUUUCUGGAGAACAUUUAGGACAUAAACCAGUUGACAUUGUUUUACAUAUUGAAAGCAAAAAAGAACUUUUACAGAGAGAAAUGCAAGAAUUACAGAAAUCCAUUUACCCUAAAUAUCAACAGAUUGCCUCUAAUAUCCCAGUUCAGAAAGCUGCUCUGAAUGAAAACAGCCAGAAAUUGACAUCAGCAAUAGACAAACAUGGAGAAGCCUUGCACAGAGAAAUAGACACCAGGAUCCACAAACUGAAAUCUGAUCUCAAUGAAAUGGACACCAAACACCUGGCCGUCCUCAACAAACAUGAAGGUGAAAUCACACGCACCAUUGAUGAGAUCAAACAGAUCAUUACUGAACUGAAGAAGUUAGUGGACUCCGAUGAUGUCAGCCGUGUCUCUGCCUACAAAUCAAGGAUUGCUGAAUUCAGAAGAUUGCCUCCUAAACUCACCGUGUCCUUACCAAGUUUUACCCCUCAGAAGAUCAACAAAGAACAGCUCUAUCAACAGUUUGGUUCUCUGUCAGCGUCAUCUAUCAAAACAGAAGAACAAGUCUACACCAUGGAUUCCCCCGGUGCUGAGUCCUCUCCCCCGGACAGACCGCUCAUUGAUGUACCACGGAUCAUCACACAAAUAAACACCGAGUAUGGAGUCUCUAAUCAAUUAAUCGGUGUGUCCUGUCUGAGGGAUGAAGAACUAUGGACGCUUGGUGGGGACAACAAGAUGAGACUGUACAACCUAAAGGGAAAACUAGUGAAGUCAGUCCAAACCAAGUCAGGGAACGCUCCAUGGGACAUAGCAGUGACAAGGCGUGGGGAUCUAGUUUAUACUGAUGUAGUUGAUAGAACUGUGAACAUAGUGAAGAAUAAAAAGAUAAAGACAGUGAUCAGACUACGGGGGUGGAGACCUCUCGGUGUCUGUAGUUCCUCCUCUGGUGACCUCCUGGUUGUCAUGAACAGUGAUGAUUAUAAACAAACAAAAGUUGUGCGUUACUCUGGCUCCACAGAGAAACAAAGUAUUCAGUACGACGACAAAGGACAACCUCUCUAUUCAUCUGGUAGAUACACUAAAUACAUCAGUGAGAACAGGAACCUAGAUAUCUGUGUGUCAGACAAUGACGCCCGUGCAGUAGUGGUGGUCAAUCAGGCCGGGAAACUCCGGUUUACCUACACUGGUCCUCCCUCUACUACCAAGGGAUCAUUUAGUCCAGGCGGCAUCACAACAGACAGCCAGGGUCGGAUCCUGACAGUAGACCGAUAUAACUACUGUAUCCACAUCCUGGAUCAGGACGGACAGUUCCUCCGCUACAUUGACAUCUGUCAUUUACUGACUCCAUUGGGUUUAUGUGUGGACACCAGAGACAACCUCUUUGUGGCUGAGUGUGACACAGGUUAUAUGCUCCAUGUGACAAGCCGUCAGUUGACCUCUUGACCCUUCAGAAAUUUCUACUGAAUUCUUCACUUCAUCCUUCAAUAGAUUCAGAUGACAAGAGAAAUAGCAAUGUACUUUAUAUAAACAAACUGUCUUUAUUUUAAUAUUAAGAGACUGAUUGCAUUUACAUGUACCAUGUAAACAAACAUUACUUAUAUACAAAUUGUACUUCUAUUCUUAUUAAUAAUUGUAUUUCAUGAUGAAUGAAUAUUAAAAAAAUAUUGUAUUUUACAUUGAAUAUCACUUUGCUGUCAAAUAAAUAAAACAAGACAAUUAAUGGUAAUCCAUGUUACAGAGUUUUACAUGUUAUUAGAUUAUCUUCCCUGGAACAUUAAUGAUUAUCUU